AUGGACACGUUGUGGGCUCUGCCGCUCUUCUUGCUCCUGGGUGUCCUGGCCACUCCUGGACUUCAGCAAACCACUUUCACCUCUGCCUCCUCCUCGGGCUCCAUCAGCUCCUCUUCUCUGGGCCAGACUUCAAAAGUUUCCCCCACUAAUCCCCCCAGCCAUCAGUCUCCAGGGCCACCAGCCUCAGCUGAAAUCCCUGAUUCUGACUGGUUUCCUGAGGCCCUGAUUUCGAGGGAUGUGCCUGGGUCACUCUGGUCAAACUUUUCUGCUGACCGCCUGCAUCUGAACUCAGAUCCCACCUUCUCUGACAUUCCUGGUUCUGAAGCAUUUUCUGACAUCUUGGGUCCUCAAGUUCCUGCGAAGAACCCUGCAUCUGCCUCCUCAGUUAAAACCCCAGCUUCGAACACUUCUGCUCAAAUCCUGGAUACCAAUGUAUCUGCUGAGGACCCUGGGUCAAAGCUCCCCUCUAAAGAUCCUGAUCCUAAAUACCCUUCGGAGAAUCCUAAAGUUUCCUUGGAGACCCACCCAGCUGCAAGCUUCCCCCAUCAGGUUGGGGGUCCCCUGGCUGUACUGGUGGGGACCACCAUACGGCUGCCCCUGGAUCCCGUCCCUGGCCCGGGUCCCCCUGUCCCUCUGGUGGUCUGGCGCCGGGGCUCCAAGGUGCUGGCAGCUGGUGGCCUGGGGCCAGGGGCUCCCCUCAUUAGCCUGGACCCUGCUCACCGUGACCGCCUGCACUUCAACCAGGCCCGAGGGGGUCUGGAACUUGCCUUUGCCCAGCUGGAUGAUGCUGGGGUCUACACUGUUGAGGUAAUCCGGGGUGGUGUCUCUCGGCAAACUCAGGAGUUCAUGGUGGGCGUUUACGAGCCGCUACCCCAGCUGUCGGUGCAGCCCCAUGCCCCCCAGACAGAGGAGGGUGCGGCCGAGCUCCAGCUGCGCUGCUUAGGGUGGAGGCCCGGCAGCGGUGAGCUGAGCUGGAGCCGGGAAGGACGCGCCCUGGAAGCUGUGGACGCCGAGGGAGCAGGGUCGUCCCGGAUCCGCGCUGAGGGUGACCAGCUGCGCCUGGUGCGUCCCGCGCGCAGCGACCACGCCCGGUACACGUGCCACGUGCGCAGCCCCUUCGGCCACGCGGAGGCCUCCGCUGAUGUCAGCGUCUUCUACGGCCCCGACCCUCCCGUCAUUACGGUGGCUUCGGAUCGCGAUGCCACCCCUGCGCAAUUUGUCACCGCGGGCAGCAAUGUGACCUUGCGCUGUACCGCCGCCUCGCGGCCGCCCGCUGACAUCGCAUGGAGCCUGGCGGACCCCGCCGAGGCCGCAGUACCCGCGGGACCGCGCCUUCUGCUGCCUGCCGUGGGCCCCGGCCACGCCGGCGCGUACGCCUGCCUCGCUGCGAACCCGCGCACCGGCCGCCGCCGCCGCUCCGUAGUCAACCUCACGGUGGCUGAUCUGCCCCCAGGCUCCCCAGAGUGCUCGGUCGAAGACAGCCUCGUGGACCGCAGCCUCCGCUUCCGCUGCUCGUGGCCGGGCGGGGUUCCCGCCGCCUUACUGCAGUUCCAGGGUCUCCCCAAAGGCGUCCGCGCUGGCCCGGCGCCCUCGGUGCUGCAGGCGACCGUCCCCGCCCACCCCCGGCUCAGCGGCUUGUCCGUCACCUGCCUCGCUCGCCAUCUAGUGGCCACGCGCACCUGCACUGUCACCUUGGAGGCCCCCCAGGAGGUGCUGCUACAUCUGCUGGUGGAAGAGACCCGGUCGGGGGAGGCAGAGGUGGUCCUGCAGGCCUCUGGGUGCCCGGCACCCUCUCGAGCUGCAUGGGCUAGGGAAGGCAGGCCCCUGGCUCCAGGAGGUGGGGGUCGCCUGCGGCUCAGCCGGGAUGGACGCAGACUCCUCAUCGGCAACUUCAGUCUGGACUGGGACCUGGGAAAUUACUCCGUGCUGUGCAGUGGGGUGCUGGGUGCCGGGGGUGACCAGAUCACCCUCAUUGGCCCUUCCAUCUCCUCGUGGAAGCUGCAGAGAGCCCGAGAUGCAGCAGUGCUGACUUGGGAUGUGGAGCGCGGCGCCCUGAUCAGUGGCUUUGAGAUCCAGGCGCGGUCAGAGGGGGCCGGCCGCAGCACAGCCACGGCUUACAGGGAUUGGAUCACUCUGCUUGUCCUGGGACCUCGGGAGCGGUCAGCUGUGGUGUCGCUCCCUCCUCGGAGCCCCAGGACCUGGGUUUUGCGCAUCCUGCCCAUUCUGGGGACACAACCAGGGACUCCAUCUCAAAGCCGACUCUACCAGGGAGGUCCCAUCCUGGGCCCCGGGGCCAUCGCAGGCAUUGUCCUGGGCUCUCUGUUAGGCUUGGCCCUGCUGGUCACAUUCAUUCUCCUGUGCAUCUGCUGCCUGCUGCGCUUUAGAGGAAAGUCUAAUUUGAAAAAGAAGUAUCCUCCAACCUUGGAGCCUGUGGUUGCCACACCAGAAAAGAAGACACCGGGUGUGACCCCAAUGCAGACCCCACAGCUGCUGCCCUUCAAACUUCCACUGGAAGACCCCAGCUCAGCCAAGGCCCAGCUAGCCACUGGGCCCAAGACGCGCUGGGUAGUUGUCUCUCCUACUGGGGGCCCCAGAACUGUCCGGACAGCCACGCAGGUAUGAUCCACGCCAAGAUCCCACUCUACGCUGGGAAUGUGGAGUCAAGACUUCUUGUUUUGCCCUGGCAGCAGGUGGGGCCUGCUGUGACUGGGAGUUGGCCACCAAAAGUGAGACUGCUGUCUUCCUCUCGUUGGAGAAGAUUCAACCUGUGUUGGUACAGUUAAGCAGUGUGGGCUGCACAACCUCUGUGUCCGCACAAUCUGCUGUGGCAGACAGACUUGUGUGCUGUGCUGCUCUGGCUCGAGGGGAGAUCCCGCCGGUCCCUGGCCUCACUUUGCUCCACCCCCUUCUGGCUGGGCUCUCAGAGACUGCAUCAUAAAGCAGGUUAGAUCCCACCCUCGGCUCUCUCGAGGCCUCUAGGGCUGCCACCCGCCCUUUGUGUUACCCACACCCUGUUCUUGACCUGCAGGGCCUCGUGGUUUGGCCUCUACCAGCUGCCCUGACCUCUCUUUCCAGGACUGCCCCCUCCUCACCAAUAUAGGCUUAUUCUUAGCCCUGCCGAGUCCCCAGGGCUUGACCUGGAUGCUUCUCCUGUCACUUAGCAAGUUCAAGGCAGCUCUGCCCACCCCGGGAUGGAUACCUUUUUCUUUACUUUGGUCACGGGUGGAGUCCCAGCGCUCCUGAACUUCCCCUCCCGGUCUGCGGAUACUAAUUCCUUGAGUAGCUCAGAUCUGCUCCAUCAACAGAUCUACAAAGACACAAACCACAAUCUUAUCUCAGCACUUAACACAGGGCCUGGCACACAGCAGUCAAUCGAUACCCAUUUGCCAACUGAUCAAGCAUUUUUGAUGCCAAUCAAGAGUGAGGCUGCCUACACUGUCCCCAGCCCGAUGCCUGCCUGCUUCCACUGGGUUGCACACUGAGAAUUUAAGGGGG